AGAGAUGCGGCGAAUGGUGCCCCAAAAGCCAAAUGCUGAGGAGGUGAGGCACGAUCGUGGAAUCAGCAGAGGAGGAGGAGGAGGAGGAGAAGGAGGAGGAGGAGGAGGAGGAGGAGGAGGAGGAGGAGGAGGAGGAGGAGGAGGAGGAGGAGGAGGAGGAGGAGGAGGAGGAAGAGGAGGAGGAGGAUUGGUGAGCGGGCAUGAGGUCACAUCUCUGU